CAGGAGGAGGAGCUCGCUAAGCUCUUGAUCCUGAGCAUCGCCAUAUUGACGUCCCAACAACGCCGAGAGGACAAACUGCCUGGCUGUAGCCCCCAGUGAUGACUGUAUUGAACCCUGUACCUCCUGACUAAACUGGUUGGAUGCCCCCAUUUAACACUCAGCUGCUGUCGAAACACAGAGGCGUUUUAACUGCUCCAGCUCCCAUUCAACUGUAUUCCUGGAGGAGUCCUCCCAGGAGAGUUAGAGAAGAGUCCUUGUAGAAUAUGUCUGGGCCUGUACCAAGCCGCUCUCGAGUUUACCCUGAUGUAAACACACAGAGACCUCGGGAAUACUGGGAUUACGAGUCUCACGUCGUCGAAUGGGGAAACCAAGAUGACUAUCAGCUAGUCCGAAAACUGGGGAGGGGGAAAUAUAGCGAAGUGUUCGAAGCCAUAAACAUCACAAACAAUGAAAAGGUGGUCGUCAAAAUACUGAAGCCUGUCAAGAAAAAGAAAAUCAAGAGAGAAAUAAAGAUCCUGGAGAAUCUUCGAGGUGGCCCCAAUAUCAUCUCUCUGUUAGAUAUUGUAAAGGAUCCGGUGUCCCGAACCCCAGCUUUGGUUUUUGAACAUGUCAACAACACAGACUUCAAGCAAUUGUAUCAAACUCUGUCCGACUUCGACAUACGGUUCUACAUGUAUGAAAUCUUAAAGGCCCUGGAUUACUGUCACAGUAUGGGGAUCAUGCACAGAGAUGUGAAGCCACACAACGUAAUGAUCGACCACGAACACAGAAAGCUUCGCCUGAUUGACUGGGGGUUGGCAGAGUUUUACCACCCAAACCAGGAGUACAACGUGAGAGUGGCGUCCAGGUACUUCAAAGGACCGGAGCUGCUGGUGGAUUACCAGAUGUACGACUACAGCUUGGACAUGUGGAGCUUGGGUUGCAUGCUGGCCAGCAUGAUCUUCAGAAAGGAGCCUUUCUUUCACGGCCACGACAACUACGAUCAGCUUGUGAGAAUCGCAAAAGUACUCGGCACAGAAGACUUGUAUGACUACAUCGACAAGUACAACAUUGAGUUGGAUCCACGGUUCAAUGACAUCUUGGGCAGACACUCCCGUAAACGGUGGGAAAGGUUUGUGCACAGUGAGAACCAGCACCUGGUCAGCACGGAGGCGCUGGAUUUCCUGGACAAGCUGCUGCGCUACGACCAUCAAGCCCGGCUGACAGCCAGGGAGGCCAUGGAUCACGCCUACUUCUAUCCCAUUGUUAAAGAUAUGGGUCGAGGGGCGACCCCUGGAGGGAUGGCUGCCAGCUCCACACCAGUCAGCUCCUCGAGUAUGAUGGCAGGCAUCACUUCGAUGUCCUCCACACAGCCACUGGCUAACAUCGCUGGAUCGCCCGUCAUCUCUGCCCCCAACACUCUGGCCACACAAGUCCCCGCAGCAACUGGGGCUCAACCUUGAAGCCACUUCUCACCUGUGUUCGUGUGUGUUCAUGGCCGUGUCCUGCCUUGCUCCCGCAGCAGUCCAGGACCACGGCUCCCCGUUUUAUGUUGAAAUAAACAAAGAAGAAGAUUUAAAAUUGCUUUUCACACACAUUUAUAUUUUGACACCUGGACUUGACAGUCGUGUAUUGUUGCACCUGUCAGGGUCAUGAAAUUCAUUUGGGUGUGUUAGUUGACAAUACCAUCGUCUAGAAAUUCUAAUAAGAUGUAGACAUGAAGAGAAUGGAUAAUAAAAUUUAUUUUGUAUGUUCCAAAUAUACAGUCUUGCUUGAAACUGUUUGAUGGGGAUCCUGCUGUAUCACACUGUGAAAAACCUUUACACCAAUUCACAAACGCAGUCAGGAAUCUGGCGCCCCCCACCCCCCUUGCCAGUGUUCAUCGGUCGCGUACCAUUUGACGUCGCCGGAGAUGUUGGUGUUUGAAGUUGUUAGUUGCUAUCAUUCUUUAAUCAGUUUCUUUGUAGAUAUUCUACAGUUACAGUCAGGUUGCAUGCACCCAAUGCUGAAUAUCACAGGGUCAAUAGUUUGCCAAUUUUUAUGUUACUUUCACUUCUGUAAGUGUAUGUAUGUGCUCAUGUUUGUUUUUUAUGAAGUCUCUUACAAAUGAUUUUUGAUUACAUAGAUGAUUUUGUAACUUUUUGUUUUAUGUUGGGAGGAUUCAUCAAACGAAAAAAACAACUUCAAUAAUAAACAUUUAAAACAGGGUUUGCGGGAACCAC